GCUUGAUCGGCCGGUUGUCCUGGACCUGGUUCACGGAGGCAUGGUAGCAAUUGAUGCAGUUAAACACCACUAGCCAACCACCUCAGAUCUGCCUAUAAAAUCCCCCACCAGCUUCCAUCCUGCAAGUCCAUCAACGUAGCAGCAGUAAGCAAGCGAAAGCAGUGAGCUCGAUCGCUUAGUGAUCUUCCACUCCCCACUCCUAGUCUCCAUCGGCCCAAGCAGAGAUGGCACUUUCUUCUCGCCGUGUGGCCGCGUCCGCCGCCCUCCUUCUCCUCCUCCUCGCCACAGAGCUGGGGACGACGACGGUGGCGGAGGCGAGGACCUGCAUCUCGCAGAGCCACAACUUCAAGGGCGCCUGCCUGAGCAGCACCAACUGCGCCAGCGUCUGCAGGACGGAGAACUUCCCCGACGGCGACUGCAAGACUCGGAGCUUCCAGCGCAAGUGCUUUUGCAUCAAGAACUGCUGAUGGGCUAGCGCUCUGCCGACCGGCCGCCGGCGGCGACCUCCGCUUCUACUCCUG